GUCGCUCGUCCAUUUCUCUUAGACUCUCUUCCAUCCAUGUCUCUCGCGGGAGGUGAUCAAUCUGUAACUCGACUAUCUAUUCAUCUCCCGUCCUCCCCCUCAAGUUCAACGGCUGCGAUCGCGUCUGCAGCUGUCUUGUGUUGCUAGAUCCCCCUCGACUGACAUGACAUUGGGUCUAGCUUCUCACUACCAUCGCCAACCCUUCCAGGCUGGCCCCCGAUACAACAGUCCGUUCAUGGCUGGGCCAAUGCAGUCCAGUAAGGAUCCCGUCGCCAUUUCGAAUCCCCUGCCCGGGAAUUCCACCUCGAUCCUGACGAAUCCUCCCGAUCCACUCUCCUAUCUGAAGCAUUCGACCUCGAAACCAGAGUCCCAUCUCAGCUCCAUUGCCAGCGCCGGAUUGCGCACAUCGCCUUCCCCAGGCCUCUCGAACCAUCAGAGACAGACGUCCCCGCGGAUGGCUUCGACGACAGCAGCUGCCGGUCCGGCGGAACGGCCGCUGGACCAAGAGAAAGAGACCGACCAGAGUCGCUCCCAGGCUCCCAAGGACGCUCCAGCUCCCGGCGACAAAUCCCACGAGUCGACGUAUUCUUCGCAUACCGUGAAUGAAUCCAUGGAUAGUGCAAGUAAACCAAUGCACGUGCCCUCCGAGGACAUGCAGGUAGACCCUCAGUCGAACGUGCAGGACACGUUCGGGACGGGCGACGGUCAAAACACAUUGAUGAACAAUGCCACAGUCGCUAGCCCUGGCCCCAUUGAAGACUCCGCGUCCCAGGAUGGCGAUCGACCCCAUCACCGCGGUGAAGCCGACAUUCGAGAAGAAGCUAACAAAGCCUUUUCGUAUCCAAUGCCUGCUGCAGGCCUAUCAGACCCACGUCGUGGCCUCAGCUUGCCUCAUUCGGGAUUCCAUAGGGGUAGUCCACGCUCGCCGUCAGCGAAAAAACAUCGGUGCCCGUACUGCGCGACUGAAUUCACAAGACAUCACAACCUCAAGAGCCACCUGCUCACCCACAGCCAGGAAAAGCCCUACGUCUGCCAGACAUGCCAGUCCCGCUUCCGCAGACUGCACGAUCUGAAGCGACAUACCAAGCUCCAUACUGGAGAGCGGCCACACAUUUGCCCGAAAUGCGGGCGCAGAUUCGCUCGUGGAGACGCUCUGGCACGCCAUAACAAGGGCCAGGGCGGCUGCGCUGGGCGGAGAUCCAGCAUGGGUAGCUACGGAGGAGAGGAGGAAUACGGCGAGGGCCAUCCUGGUGGUCCGGAAGAUGCUAUGGAUGGUCUCAUGUACACGGCAGAGCCCGAGCGGAUGGACGAGGAGGAUGAGCGACGACUGAGUAUACCCGGCAUCAAGAAGUACGAUGCGCCCUCAGACUCGCUUCCGCGCUCUACGGUCCCUCCGGCGAGCUACCAGGCUCGCCAGCCCAGCACGUAUCCCCCAAUUGCUGCCGGUCGACCUUCUCCCGGCGGUCUCUUCCCUCCUCCUCCGAGCCACGGCGGGUCGAGUUCGUCGACUUCCCCAAUCUCCCAGAGCGGCAACAUGACGUUCCCGCCGCCGGGACAGCACUCUGGCGCUGUCUUCCCUCCGUCAAGCAUCACAGAAAGCCCGAAGCCUCUGUCGCCUAAUGCGAUGUCAUCGCAUCAGCUAGGCCAUGGCCCUGAGGCUAUGCAUCUCCACCGUCCACACUCUCCCGGUCCCGCGCAACCGUACCAGCAGCAGCAACAACAUUACAGAGCGCCUACACAACCUCCGCCAACGACACUAGGCCUUCCUCCGCCGCAGCCCGGUGCUCCGCAGCUCCCUCUACCUCCCGGUCUCACGCCGCCCGAUGCUCGGUAUACAUUGCAUAGUCAAGCCCCUGUUCAGCCACCCUCUUCGAUACCCUCGAAGCACGCUCCAACGCAGAGCCACUCCAGCAAUCACGGUGCUCCCGCAGCGAAGGAGCCGGUUCAGAAUAGCGGCAGCUCGUACCCGGGGAUUCACGAUACCAAUGGCGGCGAUCAGUCUCGGGAAGACCUGUGGGCGUACAUCCGGUCCGUGCACGAGGAGGUUGCCGGAUUGAAGGCUGAAGUAGCGGCCUUGAGGGCACAGAUUUCUGCCAAUUCGAAUGCAACCACCAGCUCCACAAUGGUCCGUCCUCAGCAAGUGCAAGGAGAAGGGGUUGGCGGGAGUAAUCAGCGAUGAAAUGGCGUCCUAAUCGGUCAUCUAUCCAUCGUGGAGCUACUUCCCAUAUUCAUUCUUCGCACAUGGUCGCUCUGACCAGUUCUUGUGAUCAGACGUGCUUGUGACAUUAGCCUCGACUUCAUACCCUAAUCCGUGACGGUCCAUUAGCCUCUAGGACGCUCGUACUCUGUGAUGAGAUACGUCGUCUGAAGCUUGUCGAACGACCUUGCGUGCGUUAUACCACUUGUCUAUACCCCGCUCUUUCUAAAACUAUUUCUCCUUAACUUUUAUAUUUCUUCCUGUGUCGAGUUCUAGAUAUGAGAACGGCGGCGCCCGUGUCAUAUUUCGUGUCGUGUCCACAGGGUUUGAUAUCGUGUUGUUACGUU